GUGAGAACACACUUCGCCAGCUACAGGUUUGCUGCAGCCAAGCAGGAAGAGGCGUCUGUGUCCUCCGGGCAUGCCAGUGCUGGGCAUGCCGCAGUCUUGUUGGCAGUGGAGUCUUCGCUCCCGGAACCUACACAGGAGGAUUUGCUCAUGAAGAAUUUAAUGGCUCGUGCUCCUCACAACACAUGGUUUACUUCUGCAGAUGUCCGCUGCUGGUUGAAAAACAAGCGAGGACAAAGCUACAAGGGCAACUUGAGUGAGAAGAUCGAGAAAGCAAUUGGACACUUGGUCGACCAUGGCCUCCUGGAUUUGUAUGAGCCUGAGACCCCACCAGCCGAAGGCCAUACUGCUUCAUUCACCGAGCGAGAGAUCACAAUGUUCUCAGUGGAAUUGGGCGACGAGCGUGAAGCAUUUGUGAAGGUUCAUCUUUGCGUCAUGGGUGUGGAAAGCAAAACUGACCAGGAUCUUCGUUGCGCCUUCCGGCGUGAUGCUGUGGACUUGCAAAUCCCAGAUUUGAAGGGUCAGGCGUGGAGGUUUUUCCGGGAUGAUCUUCAACAUGACAUUGUGCCGGACCUCUGCUCAUUCUACAUCCGCAAGAACCAUGUGGUGCUAUGUCUGCGGAAAAAGAGGCGCGAGUCAGGCUAUGAGGGUUGGACAGAUUUGCUGGCGCUGGGUCGGCCCAAACGAAAGCGCACCGAGGAGGCUGAAGCCACAGAGCCAGAUGAUGAGGUCAAAAACUUUCUGGGCCACCUACACCAUCAUGGCGACGACGAUUUGAAAAUGAGAGUGGGGCAGUGGGUAGCAAUGGCCCGGGAGGCCUUGAGUAGGCCGUAG